UCUAGGUAUUACGGUUUCAGAAAAUGUUGUCUUUGAUUACUACUGCAAUAGUUGGUUUAUUGCUAGGUUUCAUUUACAAAUUCUUUACCCGAGAUGGCCGCUCAUUUCCUCCUGGGCCGUUUGGAAUUCCGAUACUUGGCAGCUUGUAUCUCCUGGGAGAAUAUCCAGAGAAGAGUACGAUGAAAUUGGCGAAGAAGUACGGAAACGUGUUCAGCUUAAGAAUCUUUAACAAAAGAUAUGUUUGUCUGAUCGGUACGAAAGCAAACAGAGAGAUUUCAUUGAACAAUAAUGUUGCGGAUCGAAAAGGAAAUUAUGUGGUUAAUAUGGCUAAAGGAAACGACGACCCUCCAGGAGUUAUCCACAGUAGAUAUUCUAGUCAAGAAAGAGCAGAUCGACAGUUUCUUCACACUAUGUUUACAGAUGUUAACGCCCUGCCUGAUAAUAACUUUAAAAAAAUUGCACAAAGAGAAACGACAAAGUUGGUUGAAAAAUUCACAGCCAUGUUCGAGGGUGCAGGAGCACAUUAUGUUCGGGAUGAAAUAAGAAUGUCGGUGUUUACCACAAUGUCAUCAUUGGUUUUCGGAAGUAGGAAUCAACGAUCGGACGAAGAAAUUGCAAAAAUGGAACAGAUUAUGGCAGCGUUUAUUUCACUUGAGUAUUUCUUCAGAGAUAAUAAGAUUUUAUUCCCUGAAUAUCUCCCUUGGCUGUCUAAAAUAUGGCUCCCUAAGGCAGCGAAGAUGUUUUUAGCAACAUGCAAAGGUAUUUUCAUAUAUAUCGAAGACGGCAUAGAAAAUCACAAAAAAACUUUUGAUGCUGAAAAUGAUCCACGCGAUAUGGUCGACUGUUACUUGAAGCUUAUUGCACAAGGAAGCACAAAGAAGGACAUCGUUCACAAUGAUCACAACAUGAAAAUUCUGAUAUUCGAUACAUUUCUAGGGUCAAUCAAGACGUGUUCCACCACCAUUGAAUGGGCUUUGGUGUAUCUUGCGGCCCAUCAAGAUGUGCAAGCAAGAUUGUAUGAGGAAAUAAAGCUUAUUCUCGGAUCAAACGGAAAUGUGACAUACCGUGAUAUAAUGAAGAUGCCAUAUGCCAAGGCUACUUUAUACGAAGUCUCCAGAUUCUGUUAUUUGCUGCCACAAGCAAUUCCCCGUGUGUCAAGCAAUGACAUCACCUUUAAUGGAUAUUUUAUUCCGAAAGGAACUACAUUCCUAAUGAAUCUAUAUUCGUGUAACACACAGGAAGAUAAGUGGAAAUAUCCUGAUGAAUUCAAUCCCGACAAUUUUCUAGGAGAGGACGGUGAAUUCAAAGACAAUGAUGCAUUCAUGGCUUUUGGAAUUGGAUCAAGAAAAUGUGCUGGACCAGACGCUGGCAACCAACAAGUUUUCAUGAUCAUGAUAAAAGUUGUUCAAAAAUUUAUCAUCAAGCCGAAAACAGACAACACGAAGAUAGACUACAAGGGACUGCCUGGAUUUGUACGUAUGCCUGCCAAACAGAAACUUCGCCUAGAACUCAGAACUUGAGACGAAUAAGGAUUAUUAUUGGACAACUGUUCGAUAAAUAAACUGUAGAUUUUUUUUAUUGAGUAGCAGUAGUAUGAUACGAACAUUUCAUCAUUUACAUUACAAUGUUUUAGAUCAGUGGUUGUCAAACUUUUUAAGUCCUACCUCAAAAAUAACUAGCUAACAAUAGGCUAUAAAUAACAGUUAGUGAGACGAAAAUAGGUUUUAUUCAAAAAAUACUUCGGAAAUACGUGAAUGAAACGUAAAUAACGUAAUUAAUGAAAAGUUUUGAAAAUAAAUAAGGCGGGCAAGAUCCAAUAUAAUAUUUUAUUUUUAAUCCGCUUCACGCGUCUUGUCUAAAACGACUGUUUUAGAUGUAUAUAUUGCAAAGUUCAACAAGUUGAAAUGAACUCUUCUUGAUUCAUCGAUCUGGUUAAAUCAAAAUAAAUUUUAGGUUAGUUCCGUUUUAUAGCUUGUGUAUUCUCUAUAUAACUUUAAUUAUAACUUCAAAUUGUAUUAAACACAAUGGAUCGCUGUGCUA